UAAAUUGUGCGACGGAAGUGGGAAAUCCCUACGCCUGCCUGUCAAAAAUCUUUCCGCUCUUUCUCAAAGCCGCGGUCGAGUUUCGCGAUAUUCACCUGCAGCAGUUGAUUCUAGUAUUCCCGAAAACGGUUCUAACUCGUUGGGAACCAGACUGCUGUCGCUGCUCGAUGCACUUGUUUGCUUGUUAGCUACAUAUAAGCUGACAGAAGAGGCCGUAGUGUAGUAAGCACUAGCUGUUAGCCAGACAACGAUAGAGGCCACCGCUUCCGUAUAACGGAAUCAAGCUAGGCUUCAACCAAGUAAAACGGUUGUGGCCCCACUGUGGAUUCCCUGAAUUGGACCGGGGCGGAGGCAGUCGUAGGCAGAGCAGGCGCCACGUGAAGUGCGGUUUCGACUUCCCCUAUGAGUAGCAGCACCGGUCAGAGAGCACCACGGACCCGGGCGGCGAAGGCAGGCCAGGGGGCAGGGGGGACAACGACAUGGACCCCUCAGGACCAGAGUGUGGACCCUUCAUACAGGCCUACUACCACUGCAGGUCCAACUACAGCCUGCAGUGGUGGGGGGAGUUCCUGUGUCCUGAGUAAGCUAAUCCAACUGCCGGCUCCGCCGCUGUCGCGCCACCAGCUGAAGAAGUUAGAGGAGCACAGAUACAGCAGUGCAGGCCGCUCACUUCUGGAGCCCUUCAUGCAGCACUAUUGGGAGUGGCUAGUGGCAUGUGUGCCGGCAUGGAUAGCCCCCAACCUCAUCACUAUUGUGGGCCUGGCCAUCAACAUUCUCACCACAUUGGUGCUGGUGUACUACUGCCCCACUGCCACUGAACAGGCACCGCUGUGGGUGUAUCUGUCUUGUGCAGUGGGCCUCUUCAUCUACCAAUCACUGGACGCCAUCGAUGGGAAACAGGCACGGCGCACCAAUAGCAGCACCCCACUGGGAGAGCUCUUUGACCAUGGCUGUGACUCCCUUUCAACAGUGUUUGUGGUCUUGGGGACCUGUAUCGCCGUCCAACUUGGAACUAACCCAGACUGGAUGUUCUUCUGCUGCUUCGCCGGCAUGUUCAUGUUCUACUGUGCUCACUGGCAGACCUACGUGUCAGGAACCCUGCGCUUUGGCAUCAUUGAUGUGACUGAAGUGCAAUUCUUCAUUAUAAUCAUGUAUUUGCUGGCUGCCAUCGGAGGACCAGCUUUUUGGCAGUUCUUGAUCCCUGUGGUGAACAUCCAGAUUAAGCUCAUUCCAGCCAUCCUCACUGUGGCGGGAGCCAUCUUCUCCUGCACCAACUACUUCCGGGUCAUAUUCACGGGAGGAGUGGGAAAGAACGGAUCCACCAUAGCGGGAACGAGUGUCCUGUCGCCGUUCUUCCACAUAGGGUCGGUCAUCAUUCUGGCCGUCAUGAUCUACAAGAAGUCUGCGUCCCAGCUGUUUGAGAAGCACCCCUGUCUCUAUGUCCUGGCCUUUGGGUUUGUGUCGGCCAAGAUCACCAACAAGCUAGUGGUAGCUCAUAUGACAAAAAGUGAGAUGUAUCUCCAUGACUUGGCUUACCUGGGGCCAGGGCUGCUCUUCUUGGACCAGUAUUUUAACAGCUUCAUAGACGAGUACUUGGUCCUCUGGGUGGCACUGUUCCUGUCCAUCUUUGAUCUAGUGCGCUACUGCGUUAGCGUCUGCAACCAGAUCGCCUCUCACCUGCACAUCUUCGUGUUCAAGAUCAAACCCCCCAACCUGCGGUCCGCCUCUGCCUCCCGGUCAGGCAAAGACGUUUGGUGUAACUGGUCUGGUGACACUACUGACAGGUGGUGACACCGUCCGGCUGGAGCUGGUGGAAUUACCUCAACCGCCUCCCCCUUGUCUCCACAGGGUUCCCAUUGGAUGAGACGAAUUGGAGGUAGUCUUUCUAUGAAUGUAUAAUGCUGCGUUCACAACAUCUCGUCAUUUCAAAAAUACCAGCAUACAACUGGGAAAAAUCCACUUGAACGCCCAUCUAACUGGUAAUUACUAGUGGGAAACUAUCAGCCCUGUGCUCAGUUUCCCACUUGCACCUCUCUGACGUCAUUUGUCAACAAACAAGACAGCAAGCUUGGCGGUAUUUUCAGCAGUUGUUUAUGGUAAGAACAAAAUACAAAUUGUUAAUACAAAAUUGAUUCUGUUAAUCUUCCUUUAGAUUUAGAAAGUGAAAGGAGGUCUGGAUAUACUUUUAAUGGGCAAAAAAUAGCGAAACAAUCACAAGCCUUCUAAUGACCUCCAUGUUUGAUAAUAUUUCCCAGUUCAAAACGUGAAUACACCCAACUGAUAAUUAUUACCUUCCCACUUGGUUAUGAACGCAGUAUUAGCCAAUUAAAUUAUGAAUACAUUGAGGGUGGGGAAAAUUAGAUUUUUUUAAUGAAGAUAAUUUAUUUCAGUCUGGUGUGCAAUAGUGAUUCGUUUUUGCAGAUGUGUGGUGUAAAAGGUUCCUAGCCGAAGAGGAGAAUGAGGAAUACGUUUUCUGUUGAGGUUUAGUUGUCAUAAAAGAAGAACCUGGUUAUUUGGUAACAAACUAUUUGAGAUUUAGAAGUUAUCUAACCAAAGGUUAUAGAUCGGGGUUAAUGUUGCUUACUAUAACCAUGCUACCACUAUCCAAAUGCACUGAAAAUAAAAUGUUAUCCAUAGGAAGGAGCAGGUUAUACCUAACCAAAUGAUAUACUUAGCUAUGAGAAAAACGCCUACAGUGUAUUCACGUGUUUCUGUCCGAGCAAUAUGAAUUACUUAUAUUCUUAUACUUAUACUGUCUGUUUCAGUAAUGGUACUUGUUCAGCACAUCUACAUACAAUUCCCACCUGUAUUCCACUCCAGAGAAAAAUGCUAGUUCUCUGUUUAACGUAUAGCGCAGAGUAUUUCUUUAUAGUAUUUCUGCAUUCUGUUUGAACCAUCUGAAAAGCUGUCAUCAGAGAUUGCGGAUUGCAUUCAGUGGAAGAACACAUGGUCAUGAGGGAAGACUGCCUUGCAUUUCUGUUAUUGAUCCUAUGUAUAGCCUACAUCAGGGUUAUUCAACUCUUACCCUGUGAGGUCUAGAGCCUGCUGGUUUUCUGUUCUACCCGAUAAUGAAUUGCACAGCCCUGGUGUCCCAGGUCUAAAUUAGUCCCUGAUUUAGAGGGGAACAAUGGAAAAAAAGCAGUGGAACUGGCUGCAAGGUCCAGGGUUAAGUUUGAGGGGCCUGCAUGAUCUAUGACACUGAAUUGUAUUAUGUUCAAUAAGCCCCAAACAAGGGGACCAUUGUCUCAUCAUGUUUACAUGUACUUCAUUUUGUCCCAUGUGAUUGCAGUACAAAUGGACCUGGAUUAUACUACUGUUUCUGAGAGAUGGAACACAGUUCCUGCUGUAUGCUUCCAGUUAACUUGUGCCAUAUGUGAUGCAAGUCAAUGGAGCACUUCUCGUUAUCUGUUACAUGCGUUCAGACUCUUAACAGUUAGGAAUCUAGCUGUUAAGAGUCUAACAGUUAGUAAUCAUCAUUAUGAUAUUCAAGCAACAGUUAUGAGUAUGUGUUCUGUCCACCGCAAGUCAUUUUUGUCACCAUGGAUGACAAAAAAAUAUGUUUGGAAUGUUUUAGUGAUAGGUGUUACUCCAACUUCCUCACACUCCUUUUACAAUAUUCAUCUGUUUUUCUCUUUAAAAUGUAUUUUAUUUUAUAUAUAUAUAUAUUUUUUAAAUCAUUAAACUGUUUUGCUUUUUAGUUGAGCUUUGGUUAUACUGUAGCGUUGUUGAAAUAGGAGUCGGUCAGGCUGGCACCAGUGUUACACUCAGUUACUCCACAUGGGGAUGUAUGUGAAAAAUGCAAUACAGUCGGUAUGCAGCAGUUGCCUUAAAUGGGAAGGUUUCAAAAUGAUGGCUUGAAAAGGCUUGUGUAAGAACUAAGUGUUGUGCUAUAAAUGCUUGAUUAGUAACUGAUGAAUACAAUGAAGGGUAUGUUUAGAUGUUCUCAUCCACUUCACUCCCUGAUGUUAACCCUACAGCCACUCCAACUCCCCCACAACAACACUGGUGUCAUGGCAGCUGCAUCCCCAUUUAGGUUUCUCUCUGUUCAUAGUUAGUGAACUUUGGUCUGUUACACAGCCCAUCAGUUAUCUCUCUGUGUGGAACAGUUCAAUCCACCCAUUUUGUAUGUAUCAUUAACCAAGUAUAACUAUAUCCGUAGGGACGCAGUACCAUCCCUGGUCAAACAUAAGGAAUGGGUUUUUUUAAAGCAAAAAUUAAGGAAUGUCUACCCUACCAAUUUAGCUAAUAUCAAACAGUGAUGCACAGAGUAUUAAAAUGUCUACCGUUUAAUGUCUCUUCAUAACAAGAGAAGAGCUUGUCAAUGUUUGUAUCCAAUGCAUGGGAUGGGCAUUACAACCCACUGUAAUGGUCAGUCAAUAGCCACAUGGAUAUAUGUAACUGAUAGUAGUGUUCAACCAAUUGAAACACCGUCUCAAGCGUAACUCAUUUUUCCUUGGAUUGUUUCUUUUCUGUGCACUGCAGAGGUUUAAGAUGACUUGCAAAGGGUGCAUCAUUGGUCGGUGUAAAAAAAAAAAUAUGCUUUUUAGUGUUUAAUGAUGUUCAAUGGUUUUUAAUUUGUUGUUUGGUCAAAAUUGUUACUUUUCUGUUAAAGAAAAUCAUUCAUUUUUGAAUAAACAAGCUUAUGUAAAAUAAAGAUUGCUAUAUUUAUAACAGGGGA